ACCAAGAGCGUUUGAAGAGGUGAAGCAGAGAAUGUCUUGCUCGGUUGCUGUCGCGAGCUCGCCGGUGUUCUCACCGCAGAGAAUACCUCUCAGCCUUUUUCCCUCGCCGGAGACCUUAGCUUUCGGCCUCACCCACCACCAUCUCUCGCCGAAGGCGGCCACCAGCCCAUCGCCCUCCGUUUCUCUUUUGAAGAGGAAGAGGCCCGCUCGUAUCAAUAUCCCCAUGAUCGGAUUAGAAGCUAUAGAGCCGCCGUUGGGAUCGGAUAGCCUGCGGGAGAUGGAGGAGGGGAGUGCGCUGUAUUCGGUUUAUUGCAAGAGAGGGAGGAAAAGGGUUGAGAUGGAGGAUCGCUAUAGCGCAGCCAUUGAUCUCCACGGAGAUCCUCAAAUGGCGUUUUUUGGUGUUUUUGAUGGCCAUGGAGGUUCGAAGGCAUCCCAAUUUGUUUCGGAGAGCAUUGGGAAGCGUAUAAUGGAGGAGGUGAUGAACGGCGGAGGAGAGGAAAAGGGGAUUAGGAUAGAAGAAGAGAUUAAGAAUGCGUAUUUGAAGACCGAUGCGGAAUUCUUGAAGGAAGAAUCGAGGGGAGGGACUUGCUGUGUUACGGCCUUAGUGAGGAAAGGGGAUCUCAUUGUUUCUAAUGCGGGUGAUUGCCGCGCCGUCAUGAGUGUCUCCGGUGCUGCCGAGGCUCUCACUUCGGACCACCGGCCCUCAAGACCGGAUGAGAAAGACAGAAUUGAAAGCCUCGGUGGUUACAUAGAUUGUUCUAGAAGUGUUUGGAGAUUGCAGGGUUCCUUGGCUGUUUCUAGAGGAAUUGGAGAUUCUCAUCUCAAGCAAUGGGUUAUAUCAGAACCUGAAACUAGGGUUAUAAAGAUUCAACCUGACUGUGAAUUCUUAAUUCUAGCUUCUGAUGGACUUUGGGAAAAGGUUAGCAAUCAGGAAGCUAUUGACAUAGCUCGCCCGCUGUGUGUGGAUCCUCAGAAACCUGCUCCACUCUCUGCUUGCAAGAAGCUAGUGAACUUAUCAAUUUCUCGAGGAUCAAUGGAUGAUAUUAGUGUUAUGAUAAUUCAACUGCGGCAAUUUAUCUGAAUCAAAUUUGGUUAUUUCUAUUUGUCGGAUAGAUAAUGUUGAUAAUGGGAUCAUCUGAAUCAAGCCCGAGUGCGAAUUCUGAAUUCUUGCUUCUGAGGAGCUAUUCAAUCAUUCCAGAAACUCUGGAUUGAGAGGAUUGCAAUGAAGGCUGUGGAGCUAUUUGACUUCAGAGUUGAAUGGAUGACCUGGUUCAGAAAAUUAUUUAUCAGAAAUAAGUUUGUUUUCUGAUAGCUGGAAGAGAGCAUCCUGCUUCUUUCUUGUUCUGAUAGCAUUGCAGCUGUUGCUGAGCUAAUUUUCUGCUCCCGCCUGGAUUUUCAUGUUAUUUUCUGACUUUAUUUGUAAGGUGUAUAAACCAGCUUUUAUUGUUGAGAGAGAAAACUGGCAGAAUUUGUCUAUAGUCAGUUGCCAGUACGAUUUGUUUAUACUUUCUUCUUAACUUGAAUUGAAUAUAUCAAUUUAAUCAUAU